GAUAGUAUAGGAAUUGCGUUGAGAUCUUUGAAUAAUGAAGAGCUCAAUAAUUUCUUACGUAUAACUGAAAAAGUAAUUGCAACUGGUAAUAUAGAUGGAAUCAUUUUAACUGGUCUUACACCUGAAG